CUAUAGACAUCCCAAGACAUUAAAAGGUUGAUCAUAUAUAGGUUUCAGAUCCACUUAUAGUUCGGUUAUUAUCAAGAACUCUUCGAAAGGCUUGUUCAGAAUGAACGCUUUUUCUUUCCUGUGGCUGGUUCUACCGUUCUUUUCCGUACAAUGUCAAAAAAUGGUUAAAGUGCAGUCUUACAGCCACCUUGUUUCAUACAUGGGUAGAGGAGAAGACGUUCGGUACUUCUUUAAUGCGUCAACCUGCGUCACUUCCGCAAAGGCAUCUCAGUCUAGCGAUGAAAUUCCCGUGAUUGGGGGCGAAUUGAAGUUGUUUAUCGGAAGCAAAGAUCCCGACGAUGCUCAUUUAUUUUUCAGCCAAGUUAGAUACGUGGACAACAAUCCAAACAAUUUAACAGCGGAAAUCCAAACAAUCUAUAUAAUAAACGAUACUGCUAUUGUAUUUUGGGAAACAACCGGUUUCUUUGUAAAUAACACGGGAAACCCUGAUGGUGUAUACUGUAACUGGACUCGAGGCGAAGGAAGUAUAUGGGUAAAACAACAUCCACAACGAAAACAGAUGACGUCAUUCAAUGAAAUUCGUUCAGCGCUAACUUCCGGUGAGAAGAUUCGAUGGGUAGCUAAUUUGAUUGGCUGUAAAUGUCCGUCUGAUUCUGGUCCGGACGACUGCACGGACAGUUUUGUCGGAGAUACUAUUACAGAUUUUAAAAUAUCAGACAAUGGCUCUAUCAGAUUCACUUCGUCCUCAACGUUUCUGGUGCCUUUGUCUUGGGUUUAUGCCCGGAUGAUAGUGUUCGGACAUAUCUAUCAAAACAACACUGCCAAUUUCAUGAUUUCUCUGUUGGACCCGACCACGUGGGACGAUGGAGAUGAUGAGAUAGUCCUAUGUCCAAUAACUCUAAGUUCAGCGCCAAAAGGUGUGGGAUUUUUCCUGAUGGAUCCAUGAAAUCGAUUUACACAUGCAUAGCAUUAUCUGAUAAAGUAUUUUUCAUUUGUUAAUGUUUAAUGUUAUUGUUCAAUAAAAUAUACAUUAUUA